AAUCUGUGCCCCGACAAUGUAUAAAAUUAUAAUUUUCUGGAUUUCGGUUAAUUUUACAAAUUCCUUUAAAAUUAACACUCGGCCACUCUUCAUGAAUAAAACAACCUUAUCCGCGCUCGUUCCCGCGGGUGAUGGAACGGAGGAUAUUGAACUGGUGACGUUGGUGGAUGUGUUGAGGCGUGCUGGAGUUUCGGUGGUUGUGGCCUCUGUUAGUGACUCGCUGAACUUAGUCCUGGCUCACGGCACGAAACUCACCGCCGAUGAUAAAGUCACAAAUCUCACACAAAAGACCUUUGAUCUCAUCGCAGUACCCGGAGGACUCGUUGGAGCCACGAACUGUGCGAAUAGUGUGGGAUUGGUGCGUAUGUUGAAGGAUCAGAAGAGUAGUGGCAGAUUAUAUGCGGCGAUUUGUGCGAGUCCGGCGUUGGUGUUUGGUGACUGCGGGUUACUUGAUGAUAAGACCUCAGCAGUGGCUUUCCCAGGAUUUGAAAGUAAAUUACCACUUGUCGGAAAGGGCAGAGUUCACGUCUCACAUAAUUGUGUAACUUCGCAAGGGCCUGGAACGGCGUUGGAGUUUUCGUUGAAGUUGGUGGAGUUGUUGUGCGGAGUAGAAGCCAAGAACAAGUUAACAAAGUCAAUGCUACUACACCCAGCAAUCGAACUUUAAUCCUCAAUAUACUUUUUUACAUA